AUGUCGACCCCAACCCAAACCAGCCAGCCGUCACCCAACACCUCACCCCUCAAAACCGAAGUCGAAAACCCAAAUAACCCCCUCUCGACCCUCUGGUCCACAUCAUCCAUCGCGCAAGAGUAUCUCCGCACAGAGCGCAUCACGCGCCCCUAUGCCGACGUACUGGUGCAAAAAGCCGGUUUGGCAGACCUUAUAGAGGGCAACGCACGAGAGGAAACCGGAGAGGAAAAGGGGGAGGUGAGACUCUGGGAUUUUGCGUGCGGGACGGGAGCUGUUGUGGCUUGUUUGUACGACAAGUUGCGGCAGGGAAGAGAGGAGGUGGUGAGAGGGAAGAUCAAGGUUCUGGCUGCGGAUGUGAGUCCCGAGAUGGUGGCGUAUACGCGGGAAAGGGGGGAGAGGGAGGGGUGGAAGGAGGUGUUGGGGUUGGAGACGCGUCUGGUGGAUGUGACUAACAUCCCCCCCAACCUCCCCUACAACCCCCCAACGCACCUAACCCUCUCCUUCGCCCUCAUGGCCCUCCCCACCCUUACCCUCUCCUCCCUCCAUACCCAGCUCGCCCCCUCCGGAACCCUAGCCCUGACAACCUGGUCCUCCAUAUCCUGGUACACGUACCUCCUCUCCGCAGCCCAGCUUGUGCUCCCACCAGACCUCUUUUCCGCCACGCCCUCGGAGCUGGGAUUCAUCAACAUCGCGUUUCCGGAUCGGAAGUUGCAUCUGCCGGAAACGACGGAGAGGGAGCUUAGGGGCGCCGGGUUUGCGGAUGUGAGUGUUGAGGUAGUGGAGAUUGAGCAUGAGUGGGUUGAUGCGCGGGAUUUUGUUAGGGCGAUGGAGUUGCCGAUUAGGGCUGUGAGUGGUAAGUGGGGGGAAGGGGAGGAGAGGAGCAUCUGGAGUGGGAAGGUUAAAGGAGCGUUGGUAGAGGUGGUUGAGGGGUUGUUUGGCAAAGGGCAGAAGGUGAGAUUCGGUAUGGGGGCUAUAGUGGGUGUGGGAAGGAAGGGAAAUUGA